AUGCGGAGCAGCAGCAGCAGCGGGUGGCAGUGCAGAUCCGCCCUCCUCCCCUCCCUCCAUGGCUCCACCGGCGGGUGGCAUCGCGGAUCCGAUGGGAUGGAGCCACCACGGCGUGGAUCCGGCGGAGAGGUGUCCUCCAGUGGCGGAUCCGGUGGGUUGGAUCCUGGUGGCGGUGGAUCCGUGGAUCUGACGGUUAGGAGCCCUCUGGCGGCAGGCUCCACGGUGAGCAACGCGGCGGCAGCCCUUCCCCUCCCCUUCUUCUCCCGGUCGGAUCCGGCCCUCCCUCUCCCGGAUUCGGCCGGGAUCUGGCGGCAGGUGGCGUGGUGUGGUGGUGGUGGCCAGCGUUGGGGCGUGGUGGUGGUGGCCGGCGGCUGUGGUGGUGGUGGCGGUGGUGGUCGGCGGCUGUAG